GCCUUUCUAACUCAAAUCUAUAGAGAUGAGAACCAAGUUUUCACGUGGUCUACUAGGAGGCUUCCUUCUCCUUUCUUCGCUCGUUUCAUUAUCUUUAUCAUACUCAGCCGACGAUGUUUCUUCCAGACGGUUGCUUAAAGCAACUUCUAAUAGGGGAAUUCAACAGUAUCUGAUACCUCACAACAAGUUAAGAGCAGAGCGUGGGCUCCCUCCUCUCAAAUGGAGCAAAAAACUGGCAAAUUAUGCUUCCUGGUGGGCACAUAAGAGACAAGGAGAUUGUCGCCUGAUUCAUUCGAAUAGCAAUUACGGGGAGAACCUCUUCUGGGGCAGCGGCAGUGAUUGGAAACCGAGGGAUGCAGUGACAGCUUGGGCAGCAGAGAAAAGGAACUACAACCGUAAAACUAAUAGUUGCAGAAAAAAUAAAGAGUGCCUGCAUUAUACUCAAAUAAUAUGGAGAAAUAGCUUGAAGGUUGGAUGUGCCAAAGUCGUGUGCAGAACCGGCGAUACAUUAGUCUCGUGUAACUAUGAUCCCCAUGGUAAUGUGAUGGGGCAGAAGCCUUUCUAAGUUGAAAUGGUUUUGGCUGGAACUCGAGCAAGCAUUAAAACAUAGAUAAAAUUAUCGUGCUCGACGGCCACCGCAACACAAACUUGUGGAUGUGCGCUAGCCGUAUAGACUAUAAAUUGAGACCUAAUCCUUCUUGUCAUUCAUUGUUAAUAAUAUAUUACAUAUGCUGUAAUUUAUUCGUUCAAGUUUUUUUUUUGGCUGUCAAUAAUAUAUCUUCAUUGUUAUUAGAAAACCGGAGGAAGAACAAUAUAAUCUCAGCAAGUAACAAUUCCAUUAGAAGUCCAUACUUUUUACUUAAUCCAAUGUAUCCAGAGAAUCCCAAAACCUUGUAACAUUGAUUAUAAACACCUCGUCAUAAGAAACUAGCAAGAUCCGACAUCAAGCAAAGCUUUCAAACACCAUCUUCGACAAAAGAAACCCAUCACACAGAUACAUUUCAAAUACCAAAAUCAACUUAAAGCUUUUAAAGACAAAGAUUUACGCUAAACGCCUGGCAACUACAAGGAUAGAGAAGCCAUAGAAGCUUUGCAGCAUGCCGGGUCAGUUGCAAACAAAAGUUGGUGACAGGAUCAGCAAACUAUUUUGCGCACGUGCUGCAAUGGAUCUUCCUCUUCUUCCAGAAAAAGACGGGCAAAAAGCAAAGCUUCCAAUGAGUCUUUAUAUUCAUAGCUUGGAGCAUCCCUCCACAGUAGGGACAGGCCCCUGGUUGAGGUUGCCUAUAUCUGAUCCUCACAUCUUUUUCCCACACAAACACCCAACACAUCCUCUGCAUCGUUUGCUUACGAGACGAUAUUUUUUUGAUAUUGUUAGACAUCUUCUUCUUUUCUUCACUGCCUUGAAUUGAACGAUGGUAUUGUUUAGAUCUUGAUGAUCUCAGCUGGUUGGUCUACUAAAUCCUACCAUAUAUUACUGGUUUAGGACCCGGAAGGCUAUAAUGGAGGGCAACUUUUUAGAGACGAGAUGGCAUUGCCGCAUUGGAGCUUUCUGUAAAGUGCGUCUCAGU